CACAAAAGAGGGGCAGGGGUGGUGCAUUUGGGGCGCGGCGCCGGGGCUGGGGGCGGGGCGCCCGGCCUGGGGAGGGCUUCCUGUAGGCUGCUGGGCGGGGGCAAGGGGCUGCUGGGUCUCAUUCAGGGCGUACUGAGGAGCGCCAUGGCACUGCAGGGCAUCUUGGUCGUGGAACUGGCCGGCCUGGCCCCGGGCCCGUUCUGUGCUAUGGUCCUGGCGGACUUCGGGGCGCGGGUGGUGCGCGUGGAGCGGCCGGGCUCCCAUUACGACGUGAGCCGCUUGGGCCGGGGCAAGCGCUCGCUGGCGCUGGACCUGAAGCAGCCGCGGGGAGCCGCCGUGCUGCGGCGUCUGUGCGCGCGGUCGGACGUGCUGCUGGAGCCCUUCCGCAGCGGUGUCAUGGAGAAACUCCAACUCGGCCCAGAGAUUCUGCAGCGGGAUAAUCCAAGGCUUAUUUAUGCCAGGCUGACUGGAUUUGGCCAGUCAGGAAGCUUCUCUCGGUUAGCUGGCCAUGAUAUCAACUAUUUGGCUUUGUCAGGUGUUCUCUCAAAAAUUGGCAGAAAUGGUGAGAAUCCGUAUGCCCCGCUGAAUCUCCUGGCUGAUUUUGCUGGUGGUGGUCUUAUGUGCGUGUUGGGCAUCGUGAUGGCUCUCUUUGAACGCACACGCUCUGGCAAGGGUCAGGUCAUUGAUGCAAAUAUGGUGGAAGGAACAGCAUAUUUAAGUUCUUUUCUGUGGAAAACUCAGAAAUCAAGUCUGUGGGAAGCACCUCGAGGACAGAACAUAUUGGAUGGUGGAGCACCUUUCUAUACGACUUACAGGACAGCAGAUGGGGAAUUCAUGGCUGUUGGAGCAAUAGAACCCCAGUUCUACGAGCUGCUGAUCAAAGGACUUGGACUAAAGUCUGAUGAACUUCCCAAUCAGAUGAGCAUGGAUGAUUGGCCAGAAAUGAAGAAGAAGUUUGCAGCUGUAUUUGCAAAGAAGACAAAGGCAGAGUGGUGUCAAAUCUUUGAUGGCACAGAUGCCUGUGUGACUCCGGUUCUGACUUUAGAGGAGGUUGUUCAUCAUGAUCACAGCAAGGAACGGGGCUCGUUUAUCACCAAUGAGGAGCAGAGCAUGAGCCCCCGCCCUGCACCUCUGCUGUCAAACACCCCAGCCAUCCCUUCUUUCAAAAGGGAUCCUUUUGUAGGAGAACACACUGAGGAGAUACUUGACGAAUUUGGAUUCAGCCGCGAAGAGAUUGAUCAGCUUAAAUCAGAUAAAAUCAUUGAAAGUAAUAAGGCUGGUAGCAAGUUCUGGAUCUUAUACCCACACACAGCAAUAUCCAGAAAUAAAGAUCUCGGGAGCCCCCAGCAAGUUGUCUUGUGUCUCCUUGGACCGAGUUAAGUUAUAAGCCUUUCUUAUACCAAUCUUUGAAAAAGAAGAUAAGCUAACAAUGAGCACCUAGUUUUAUGUCUUUACAUAAAACCAGCCUGCUCCCGGAGCUUCCCUGGAUUCAACUUCCUAAAGGCAUGUGAUGAAGGGGAAGAUUCCACAAUCUAAUCUAGGUGCCAUCAGAGUAGAGGGAGUAGAGAAUGGAUGUUGCGUAGGCCAUCAAUAAGGUCCAUUAUACACAGUAUGUCAACUCGUCAGCAAUCAAUUGUAGGGGGAAGGUGGGGCAGGUUUCUUCAUUUUAUAGAUGAGAAAAACCAGAGAUUCAGAAGGGUUUCUUAGUUCAUGUUUCUCUUAGUGCCUCGGUAAUUUUUUCAUGGUGGCUUAGGCCAAAUUAAAUAUCUAACCAUUCGAUGUAUAAAUAAUUAGGUCCCAACAAAUUAAAUAUUUAUGUCCUACCAACUUAUUAGCUGUUUAAAUAUAUAAUACACAUAAA